AUGGCACCCAUCUUCUCCAUCCUCCAUGCUCUACCAUUCCUUGUUCUGCUCCCAAUAAUCGCCAUGUCUCGUGAAAUCCUACCACUGAAAUCCUCACUAUCUGUCGAUGACUACCAGAGUGAUCUCCUACGAUCAAGGGAUGGCACUUUCUCCUGCGGCUUUCGCGCGGUCUACGACAAUGCCUUCGCCUUCUCGAUCUGGUACACCAACACGGCAAGCGAGACGGUCGUGUGGACGGCGAACCGCGGGCGCCCGGUGCACGCGAGGGGGUCGGCCGUUACCCUGCACAAGGGUGGCGCCUUGGUUCUCACGGACUACGACGGCACUGUGGUGUGGCAAUCAGACAACAACUCCAGUGAUGUCCAGCAAGCUCGGCUCCUCGACACCGGGAAUCUUGUCAUGACGAGCUCCACAGGUAUGAUCGUAUGGCAGAGCUUCGAUUCGCCCACGGAUACGCUGCUACCGACGCAGCACAUCGUCGCAACUACGAAGCUGGUCUCUGCCAAUGGUUUUCAUGAUCCCGGUCACUACAUGUUUCAUUUCACGGAUUCAUCCGUGCUGUCGCUUAUAUAUGAUGAUGCCGAUGUUCAUGAUAUAUAUUGGCCCGAUCCUGACGAUGGACUGUAUCAGAGCAAGAGGAACCGUUACAACAGUACUAGGAUGGGGGUUCUUCAUGGGAAUGGUGAUUUUGUCUCAAGUGAUUUCGCUGAUCAGCAGCCAUUUUCUGCUUCCGAUAGGGGUUCAGGGAUCAAGAGGAGGCUUACACUAGACCCUGACGGCAAUCUCCGUCUCUACAGCUUGGACAGCUCGAAUGGCGACUGGUCAGUCUCCUGGGUCGCCAUAUCGCAACCAUGCAACAUCCAUGGUUUGUGUGGUCCGAAUGGAAUCUGCCACUACUCGCCUGCACCUACAUGUUCUUGUCCACCAGGCUUUGAAAUGAACAACCCUGGCAACUGGACCCAAGGUUGUAAGGCUAUUGUAGACACCUCUUGUAGUGUUGCACAGGUGCAGUCUGUCAGGUUUGUGCAUCUUCCUGACACUGACUUUUGGGGAUCUGACCAACGGCAUGUCGACAAGAUAUCUUUGCACGCCUGUAGGAACAUUUGCGAGAGUGAUUGCAACUGCAGAGGUUUUCAGUACGUGAUCAGGGAAGGGACGUGUUUCCCAAAAUCAUUCCUUUUCAAUGGAAGGGCAUACCCAUCACACAGGUCAGCACGCAACAUGUACCUCAAGAUCGCUGGAAGCACGAAUAUUUCAGGUAUGCUGGUGCCCCAAUCCAACGUGCUCGAUCCAAGAAAGCAUAGCCGAAGCUGUCAUCAGAUGGACGCAAAAACCAUGGUACCAUUUCCUGAUGUGCACAGGACAAGUCAGGGAGAAACCAGAUGGUCCUACUUCUACGGGUUUGCCGCUGCGAUUUUCACUCUUGAAGCUCUCUUCAUUGCAACUGCAUGGUUCUUUGUUUCAAGAUGGGAGCUGGGGUCAUUGGAAAUACAAGCAGUUGAGCAAGGCUACAUGAUGAUGGCAAUUAGUAAUUUCAGAAGAUAUAACUACAAAGAGUUGGCUAAGGCAACUAAAAAGUUUAGAUAUGAACUUGGAAGAGGAGGUUCAGGUAUCGUCUACAGGGGAGCCCUGGAUGAUGGCCGAGCUGUCGCUGUUAAGAUGCUGGAAAACGUAAGGCAGUGCGAGGAAGAGUUCCAAGCCGAGCUGCGCAUAAUUGGGAAUAUUAACCAUAUGAAUCUGGUAAGGAUCUGGGGAUUUUGCUCGGAGAACUCACACAGGAUGCUGGUCACCGAGUAUAUCGAGAACGGAUCACUGGCUAACAUACUGUUUGAUGGAAACAUUUUGCUAGACUGGAGACGGCGGUUCAAUAUUGCGGUAGGCGUUGCAAAGGGGCUAGCCUAUCUCCACCAUGAGUGCCUGGAGUGGGUCAUCCAUUGCGACGUGAAGCCGGAGAACAUCCUGCUGGACAAGGAUCUAGAGCCCAAGAUCGCCGACUUCGGGUUGGCGAAGCUCCUGAGCAGGGGAGGGUCCAACCAGAAGGUGUCUCGCGUGCGAGGGACCAUAGGCUACAUCGCUCCAGAGUGGAUCAGCAGCCUGCAGAUCACGGCGAAGGUUGAUGUGUACAGCUAUGGAGUCGUGCUGCUUGAGCUAGUGUCAGGGAAACGAGUUCUGGACUUGGCUGAGAGUUCUGGUGAGGAGGUGCAUGUGUUGCUCAGGAAGCUUGUGAAGUUGCUUGCCAGUACCUUGCUGAACGGAGACGAGCCGUCUUGGAUUGAGGAGUUUGUGGAUUGCAGGCUAAGUGGGCAGUUCAACCACAUGCAAGUAAGAACGAUGAUCAAAUUGGCUGUCGCGUGCUUGGAUGAUGAGAGCAGCAAAAGGCCAACAAUGGAAUCUAUAUUACAGCUGCUGCUUUUGGCUGAUGAAUCUUGUAGUAGUAAUGUUCUGCGGUGA